AUGAAUAUCUGUAAAGAACGAUUAAAUAAUCGUACAAAAUCAUUACGUGAAAAAUUUAGCCGUAAUCCAUUAAAUUUAACAACCAUUCCAUUACAAUCAACAACAGUAAUAGGAUCAUCUGCAUCAGGAUUUGAUCCAUCAACAGCAUCAACAACAUUAAUCAAUCAAAUUGAUCGACCAUUUUUAUGGCAACAUGAUGUUGCUAUUCAAUGUAAUCUAAUACAAGCACCAGAAUUAUUAAAUGUUGCGAAAAAAUUACCAGCAUUGAUUAAUGUUGCUGCAGCAAAAUUACGUAAUAUUACUGAUCAUCAUAGCUAUAGUGAUGGUUUAAAUCAACAAUCAACAAAUCUAAUGAUAACACAACCAGAAAAAUUAAUAAAAAAUGAAAAUACUUCAGCUGGUGGUGGAUAUGUUGGUCGUUUCUGGAAAAGUACAAUGAGUGUUACAUUUAAUUCACAACAAAAUCAUAGUGGUCCAACAAGUCCAUUUCCAACAUUGAAUUCAGGAAAAAAAUCUACAUUUCGUUGGACAACAAGUGUACGACGUAAUAAACAUCAACAGCAACGAGAACAACAACAAAAUCGUCAACCAAUAUUAAAACGUGCUGCAUCAUUUAAUGAUAAUUCUGGUACAGGAUAUGCAAGAUUAGUACAAAGUACAUCAUCACCAUCAUCACCUGAAUUAAUACAUGAUGAACGUAAUAAUAAUAAUAAUAAUAGAUUAAAUAUUUUGGAUUUAAAACCAAAAUUAAUCCGUCCAACAGCAUUAUUUAAUAUUACAAAUGAAAAUAAUAAUAAUGAUGGUAAUAAUAAAAAAUUAAUGAAAAUUAAAUCAAUUACAACUGAAAAAAAAGUAAAGAUUUUAAUCCUUUUUAUAAAACUUUUUUUUUAUAAAAUUACAUUUUAUAAAGUCUCCUGCAUCUGA